AUGGCCGAAGUAUUGAAUCGUUUGAAUACGGACGGUUUUAAUAAAUCUCCUGAAUCAAAAUCCCCACUGAAUACAUAUGGACAGCAGGCCAAGUCUAGUCCAUUGAAAAGGGAAGAAAUUCUAUCUGUUCUGCAAAAUCUAGAACUCGAUGGACCGAUUAUUGAUUAUAUGGUAGCUCAUGGUGUAAUUUCCUCUGUGUCCGCUUCUGAAUUAAUGCAGUCAAAAUGCAAGCACAAUCAAAAGGUUGAGAAAUUAUUAGACUUAUUAGAUUCCGAGUGUGACUCUCCCCCACGUUACAGCAAAAAUGCGAAACUCGCACUUUUAACUAAUGCGCUGAGGAGUACUGGCCAACACGCACUUGCUAGUCAACUAGAUCGUGGUAGAAAAAUUAAGCCUUCUCCCAUCGUUUCGGCUAAAUUCAAUGAUACUGGAUAUGGUUCUGAUAUCGAUUCCAUUGAAAUGUCAGGUGUUAGUCUUGACCAUGAGGAUUAUAUGGAGGAGGACCAUCUACUCUGUGAUAAACUUGGACCAAUGUAG